CCUCUCCAAACGCACCGCCCGGCCGCCCUCCAAUUGACACAAAUCUACGUCCUUGCUAGCACCAAUCAUGUCGGAAGACCGGGAGAAGAAGGGUAUCUCCCUCCGCAAGAAACGUACAAAGGACCGCUCCGGGAAGGGCAGCAAUCGACCAGCGCCUCAAAUCAGUGCUCCACUGGAGAUCAGUGGUCCUCGGCCUGCCGGUCUUGCUGCAGCUCCUGGCCCUGGUCCGGGACGACCUUCCAACGACUCGAGUCGGUCAGGACGACCACUGGAUGCACCCCGAGAACGCCCGCAAAGAAACAACACCACAGCAGAGUUAGUCAAGAGAAGGUACUCGGCAAAGAUAACUCAGCUUCCCUCAGACUUCCCUGGAAAUGGCGCUCCUAUGCCAGACAUGCCGAAGCUGCCUGCUCAGUUUCAGCAACAGCAGCCUCCGCCACCAUCGAGAGACGGACGACCUCCGGGAGCCUCAGAUCGACCAGGCGUGAGGCCAAACAUACAAGCGCUACAAGAUCCGAAUCUGAAGCCGGACUAUUAUGUAGGCAAGGCGCUCGCAGACGCAUCCGAAGACGAUAUUCGUAGGUUUCAAGAUGAUCUUCGCAAAGUUAAAAACCGGACCUCGCUAGAUCUGCAACACAACGUAUAUCAGAAUCGCACACAGUUCAUCAAGAUCAGUAAAGAGGCGGAGAAACUAAAGGGUGAAAUGCGCACCCUCAAGCAGCUCAUGUCUGAAUUAACGGCGACCCUGGGACAGACCACAUCUGGGGCAAAUCAAAAUGGAGAUGCCAUCACAGCGCGGAAGGCGGCAAAUCGUAGUUCGGUUGCCAAUCUUGAAGCGUUAUGGAAUUCACAGCUCCAUCAGCUAUGGAAACGGAUUGAAGGUUCGCAAAAGUAUUUACCCGCAAUUCCUGGGCGCCAUGUGGUUUGGGAAUCAAGAAAAUGGGUCGAACUGAAUGCUGCAACGUGGAAAGCUCGACGGAGAGUGCAUAUCAUCCUGCUGAACGACCACCUUCUCAUUGCCGCAGAAAAAAAGCAACGAGGUGAAGGCGCUCAAAGCUCACGCGAUAAAAAGCCUGCUGCUGAGUGGAUGGCCCAGCGAUGCUGGCCCCUACAGGACGUCCAGCUAGCAGACCUGUCGCCGAAGAACAAACCAGGUGGGCAAGACAACAAAUCCAGCGCCGCCAAUGGUAUCAAUAUCCGUGUGGGGAGCGAGUCUUUCACAUAUGCCGUAUACCCAGGCGAGGAUCAAAAUAAAGUCCAACUCCUAUCUACCUAUCGUAAAGCAGUAGAGGAUUUACGCAAGACCCAGGAAGUCGAGAUCGAAGAGCGAGGAAGGGCGCAAGACUCGUACAAUUAUUUCGCCACACGAGAUCCCAACAUCCUUCAGAAGAAGGAAUUGAUGGAAAGCUUGUCAGAAAAUGCCGCUAACAACCGCGCGAGUAUGUUUGUGGAUAUUGAGGGGAAACAGCAGAGUAUCCGCUCCGUAGAGACUCAGUUGGACGAACUGGAUAUUGACAUUGCAUUACAAAACUUUGAAAGUGCGGUCAAAAAGGUCGAAAAGCUGAAGUCAAUGGCAAAGGGUAUACGAGGGAACUCCAUGGCCCAAAAUAUCGUCACAUUCAAGGUCAAUGAACGAGCCACGAAAUCAGCCAAUAUUCUUAUCAGACGACUGGUGUCUGAGAACAACUGGACAACUGCGGUCAAACAGCAUGUCACCUGGAUAUCUCGUUUAGGAUAUGAAGACCGAGCACGAGAAGCUUACCUAGAAGCUCGUGGCAACCUCAUCAAAGCACGGUCACGGCAAUGCACUUUUGAGGGAAAUUUGCCCGAUUACAUCUUUCAAAUUUCGUUUAUUUACUUCACAAUUAUCAAGAACACGGUCGACAUUUACCAGAAAUGUUUCACGCAGACCUUGAUGUCUGCCUGCGUUAAAUGGGCGAAAGAACACGUAGACGCUUUCAAUGCACUCCUCAAGCGGCAACUGAGCAGCGUCGAUUCGAGCAGCCCCGUUUGGAAGGAAUGCAUGGAUCAAGCGCGCGAACAUAUUACGACCUUGAGAGAGGUUGGGUUGGACUUUUCGGAGUUGGUGGGGAAGGGGUUCAUAGAGCCAGAAGUGAAGCCGGUAGGGUUGGGGCUGAGCUCGUGA